CCGCCCGCCCCUUGCGCCCGGCCCGGGGCCUGGCGGCGGCUGUGGCGGCGGCGGCGGUGGCGGCUGUGUCCCUGUUGGUCGGGCGGCGGCCAUGAAGUCGCUGUGCCUCGUCACGGCGGGGGUCCUGGCCCUGACGCUGCUCAUCGCCAGCAUCUCCUUGCUGGUGGCGCACGUCUUCCAGUCCGUGGUGGACCUGCAGGUGAAGCAGGGAACAGUAUUAAAAAAUGGCACAGAAACCUUUGAAGCCUGGGAAGAUCCUCCUCCACCAGUCUACAUGCAGUUCUACUUUUUUAAUGUGACAAAUCCGUUAGAAGUGCUUCAAGGAGCUACUCCUCUUGUAGAGGAAAAAGGGCCGUACACCUACCGAGAAUACAGGCCAAGAGUGCAUGUUCAGUUUUUGGACAAUGGCACCAAAGUAUCUGCUCUGAAUCCAAAGACAUAUGUAUUUGAGCCUCAGAAGUCAGUUGGAGACCCUGAAGUGGAUCUCAUCAGAACAAUUAAUGUACCUGCAGUGACUGCAAUGGAGUGGACCAGGGCAACCUCUCUUCAGUUUGCCACAGAGGUGCUGUUGCUCCUAUACCAAGAAUCCCUGUUUACAGUUCGCACCGUGCAUGAAUUACUGUGGGGCUACAAGGACAGGCUGCUGUCAACCAUUCAUCUUCUGCAUCCCGAGAUCGAUCCAGUGUUUGGUUUCUUUAAUAAGAUGAAUGGAACUGAUGAUGGAGAAUAUGUUUUCCUAAGCGGGGAAAGGAACUACCUUAACUUCUCAAGGAUUGUGGAAUGGAAAGGAAAAGAGUCAUUGAAUUGGUGGACAACAAAGUCAUGUAACAUGAUCAACGGAACAGAUGGGACAUCCUUUCACCCACUGAUUAGCAAAGAUGAGAACAUUUAUAUCUUCUCCUCUGAUUUCUGCAGAUCUUUUUACCUGGUAUACGAUAGCACGGGAAGCGUUGCAGGCAUCCCAACCUACCGCUUUGUGCCCUCUCCUAUGGUGUUUGCCAACACCACCAUUAACCCAGACAAUGCUGGAUUCUGUGUGCCUCCAGGAAACUGCCCUGGCACUGGGGUCCUCAAUGUCAGCAUCUGCAAGCAAGGUGCUCCCAUAUUUCUAUCAGCUCCACAUUUCUACCAAGCAGAGCAAAAGUUUAUAGAGGACAUAGAGGGCAUGCACCCAACCAAGGAAUAUCAUGAGACAUUUGUGGACAUCAAUCCCCUGACAGGGCUUGUCCUUCGAGCAGCCAAGCGGAUGCAGGUCAAUGUUCAUGUCAGAAAACUACCUGAAUUUUUUGAAACAGGCAACAUCCGAACACUAAUUUUCCCAGUGAUGUAUCUAAAUGAGAGUGUUCUGAUUGAUGAAGCAUCUGCCAGCAAACUCAAGCACGUCUUGCUGGAAGCCAGUGUUGUAACUGGAAUCCCCUUUGUAAUCAUGGCUAUCGGAAUUGUUUUUGGGAUUGUUUUUAUUGUGCUCGUGUGCAGGUCCCGGGGGGUAAGUGAAGAGAGUACUGAAGAAGAAAGGUCCCCACUCAUCAGGACAUAGUAGUAGAUUUUCUUUAACACGUGAGCUUGGAGAAUAAAUUAAUAGAGCUGACCUAAUAGCAACUACUGCUACCCACCGUUGUCCACCGUGGAGAAACAAUCAUGUCAAGUGUAAGUUUUUGUGGUAUAGAGAUGGAAGAGAAUCUGGACUGUCAUCAAAGGAGGAGACCUUUCUUACCACCUAAGUUACAACUUUAAAACUACGUUUUAAAACUGCUCAAGAUCCUGCUUUUUCAGCUCUGCACUCUCUUGUACCUGCACUGACACCCAUAGACGAUCAUAACCACCAUAUCAGUGAAAAGAAAAAAGGCCUGAUUCAUCACAGAAAUGACAGGGGUAAAUUUUGCAAAUGGCCUUAGGAGCGUGGGCUGCAAAGUACCCUUGUAAAGACACAGCAGGUUCCCAUAUCACCCAGGAAGACCUGUCAUUUUUUCCUGUAGGCCUAGUAUUGUUUUUUCUGUAAAGUGUUGCGCGCUGCUUACUACCAGUAUGCACUGACUGUUUACUAUUAAUGUCAUUGGUCCUUCCACAGAACUGAUUUGUACGACUAAUCCAAAAUAUCGCGUGAAACGUUUUAAGUAUCUGUAGUUAAUGGGGAGAAAGAAUCCAGUGACUGGAAAUGCUUUUACGUACAGACCUCGUAACUGUUCUAACUCUGCACACGAUCCUAUUGCAUGUUAGUGUUACAUCUAUCCUUAAGAUCUGGAUUUGUUUCAACUUGAAAAAACAGGAGAAAACAAAACACAACAUUCAUCUUGAUGGUGGAAGGCACAAAAACGGUGUUCUUUUUUCUCUGGUGUUUGUGUCACGGUUCCCAGCUCUGUGGUUUAAUAUGAAUGCAGAUUUGGCAGUUACGUUUAUUGUUCAGGAUAAAAGCACACCUCUGUAUUAAGGUAUGUGUAGGGCCUUGAAAAGCCGUAACGGUGUUUUACUUGCCAAGUGGAAACUUGUUUUCAGAAAUUACAAAAGUAUUUUUCCCGUGGUGAGAGGGAUAUUCUAAUUGGGAAGUAUUUCCAUUGGAUCUAGAUAGCAAAACAUAUUUUAAAAUGUAUUAUUUUCUUCUAAAUAGAGGUAUUGUUUUUUUCCAUUGUU